AAUUCCCCCUGCCUUCUUUAAUAAUUUUGUUAUUAUCUGGCAAUGUUCGGCUUCUUUUUGGCCUAAAGUCUGUUCUUGAUAGAGAAAUCCCAAAUGGGUCCUAUUAUCGGUGAAAUCGAAAAUAAAGACUUGGACGCCACCGGGUUUUCUUCCUCAAAUCCUCAACUAGAGAAACUUCCAUCAGUUUAUAAAGUGGGAUUUCCUCCAAGAAAAAACCUUGGAAGAGAGUUUGUAGACACAUUAAGGGAAACUUUCUUUUCCGAUGAUCCACUCCGCCAUUACAAAGACCAAUCAAGUUCAAGAAGGCUCCUGCUAGGUCUUCAAUCUGUUUUCCCAAUCUUUAAAUGGGGAAGGAGCUAUAAUUUAACUAAGUUUAAGGGUGACCUAAUUGCUGGAAUAACUAUUGCAAGCCUCUGUAUUCCUCAGGAUAUUGGGUAUUCGAAGCUUGCAAACCUUGAUCCACAAUAUGGGCUAUACUCCAGUUUUGUGCCUCCCCUUAUUUAUGCAUUUAUGGGGAGCUCUAGAGACAUUGCCAUUGGACCGGUUGCAGUUGUUUCGCUGUUGUUGGGGUCUCUUCUCCAAGAUGAAGUUGAUCCUAGUAAAAAGGAGGAAUAUCUUCGUCUUGCUUUUACAGCUACUUUUUUUGCUGGAAUAACUCAAGCAGCACUCGGGUUUUUUAGAUUAGGUUUUCUGGUUGACUUCCUAUCACAUGCCUCGAUUGUUGGAUUUAUGGGUGGUACAGCCAUCACUAUUGCCCUUCAGCAGCUCAAGGGUUUCUUUGGCAUCGAGAAAUUCACAAAGAAAUCCGAUCUUGUUUCAGUUAUGAAAUCAGUGUUUGAUUCAGCUUUUCAUGGGUGGAAUUGGCAAACUACACUCAUCGGAUCAUUCUUUUUGGCGUUUCUUUUGCUUGCUAAGCACAUUGGAAAUAAGAAGAAGAGCCUCUUCUGGGUGCCUGCAAUCGCUCCAUUGAUCUCUGUCGUUCUCUCCACUCUUCUAGUUUAUGUUACUCAUGCUGAUAAGCAUGGUGUUAAGAUUGUUAAAAAUCUAAAAAAGGGACUCAACCCAAUUUCUUUCGGUAAAAUUUACUUCACCGGUGCGAAUUCUGCGACAGGGUUCAAGAUUGGAGCAGUAGCUGGUGUUAUAGCCUUAGUGGAAGCUGCAGCGAUUGGCAGAACAUUUGCUGCCAUGAAAGACUAUCAAUUGGAUGGGAAUAGAGAGAUGGUCGCACUUGGGACAAUGAAUGUUAUUGGGUCAAUGAGUUCUUGUUACAUAGCCACAGGUUCUUUUUCUCGAUCAGCAGUGAAUUACAUGUCCGGUUGCCACACACCAGUCUCUAACUUGGUCAUGUCAGCAGUCGUAUUUCUCACUUUGCUUCUGAUCACGCCGCUGUUUAAAUACACUCCAAACGCCAUCCUUUCAUCUAUUAUUAUCUCCGCUGUGGUUGGACUCAUUGAUUAUAAAGCAGCUUAUCUUAUAUGGAAAGUUGACAAAUUGGACUUCAUUGCUUGUAUGGGAGCAUUUUUUGGUGUGGUUUUUGUAUCAGUUGAGAUCGGUCUCCUAAUCGCAGUUUCAUUGUCAUUUGCAAAAAUUCUUCUCCAAGUAACUAGACCAAGAACAGCUAUUCUUGGAAAUAUUCCGGGGACUACGGUUUAUAGGAAUAUAGAACAAUACCCAGAGGCAACUAGAGUUCCAGGAGCCCUUAUAGUGCGAGUUGAUUCUGCUAUAUAUUUUUCCAACUCCAAUUACGUUAGAGAGAGAAUUCUCAGAUUGUUAACAGAUGAAGAAGAGAGAUUACAAGCAAAGGACCUCCCAAAAAUCGAGUUCCUCAUUGUUGAGAUGUCGCCUGUGACAGACAUUGACACCAGUGGAAUACACGCCCUCCAAGACUUAUACAAGGGCCUGCAGAAGAGAGAUGUUCAGCUUGCUCUUGCAAAUCCUGGGACUAUAGUCAUGGAUAAGUUCUACUCGUCGAAGUUCACGGAGAUGAUUGGCAACAACAAGAUUUUUCUAACGGUUGGAGAAGCUGUUAUGACCUGUACUCCAAAGUCUAAGGAGGAUGCUUGAAGGGCAGUGCUCGAGCUAAUUGGAGUACUGUGCAUCUUGUUGUAAUUUCCACAGACACUUGGGUUGAAAUUUCUCUUGAUAAAUGUGGAUCAUUAGCGUAGCAAACAUACGAGUCUUUUCUCCUUGUUAUUUAGUUUUUUUCUCUUGAUAAAAUUUUAUUGUUAUUUAUAGAGAUUUGGCGGGAGAGGAAUAGUUGUAAUGUUUUUUAUC